AUGGGCUCCGAGUUUGGCAUUGCCGAGGACACCAAGCCUGAGCUUCGGCUCGGGGCGGUGGGUAUCUUUUACAUUUGCCUCACGGCAGUAUGGACAGUCAUCCUCCUUUGUGGCAUGACUUUCCUCUGGGUGCGUCGCGAUAUGCCCAUCCUGCGGAUCAGAGGCCUGCCACUAUCCUUUGCAGCGAUAAGUUUCAUGCAUCUCUACUGGAUUGCCGUCCAACUUGGAUACUGGUAUGGAGCGUUGAUGCCCGAACUCGCCGAGUUUUGGAUCAUGGGCGUCUGGUUUCCUUUUGGAAUCGCCCUGUUUCACGCCUCCAAUAGCAGGUUUCUCUAUGUUGCCGAUGCCCAGAGGAAGUUCAUCAGGUCUCAAAGUCCAUCUAUAGUCAUUGACCGAAGGAGUUUGCUGGGUCGAUGGCGAUCGAUAGAUUACAACCGCCGAACCCUUAUUAUAAUUUUCAUCGGCAUGGGUCUCCAGCUCGCCCUGACGGUCAUCACCUUCCUCAUCUCUCGCAAGUUCCACGACUCGUUUGGCAUUGCUGGCACUGAAGUCCAUGGCAACUACAUGCAGCGAAAAGUUGCUCAAGGCCGCGGUUGGGAAUGGUGGCCGUCAAUCUUCUGGCAGAUGUUCUGGGCCUGGAUCUUUGCGCCCUAUAUUCUCUUCCGUGCGCGUAACCUUCGCGACACGCAAGGAUGGAGGUUCCAGACCAUCGCCUGCUGUCUCUCCAACCUUCACUCUGCACCCAUGUGGCUUAUUGCCCUGUACGUUCCCGGAAUGGAGCCUGUCAACAACUACUUUAUUCCUCCGCAAUGGAUCGCUGUUUCCAUCAUGCUGCUCGAAAUCUUCACCGUCUUUGUACCCAUUAUCGAAGUCUGGAAGCACAACGUCCUGACUCAAGAAACACUCAACUCUAUUGCCCGCUGGGAGUCGCGAAAGAAGGGCUUCACCGGUGGCGACAAGUCCAUCAACUCAGAUUCAACUAGGUCCUCGUGGGGAGGACGAAUGGGAAGAGCCUCUUCUGUUCACACCAAUAGCUCCGGCGGAAGCAUCCUCACCAUGGAGGCCCUUGAGCAUACACUUUCUAAAAACCCCGAACCAUUGCAGCAAUUCUCUGCGCUCCGAGAUUUCUCCGGAGAGAACAUUGCUUUCCUUACGAGCGUCAAGGAGUGGAAGAUGCUCUAUUUCUCCGCCGUUGAAGAGUUGGAAAAAGAUGACGGCGCGGUGAAGGAGCUGCCUCGCGAGUGCUUUGAGAGUGCCCUCAAGAUCUACGUCGACUUUAUCAGUGCAACUCAUGCCGAGUUCCAGAUCAACCUCUCUUCUACGGACUUCAAGAGCCUUCAGGUCAUCUUUGAGCAUGCCGCAAACGUCAUCUGCGGCAGUGAACGCAGCAAUCCCGACCCUUGCACACCCUUUGACGAUAUCCCCCAGCGGACUGACUCCGAGAGCACUCUAAAUAUUGUCCGCUACUGGGGUGAAGUUCCCUCCGAGUUCAAUGAGCAUGUGUUUGAUGAUGCGGAGAUGAGCAUCAAGUAUUUGGUCUUGACAAAUACGUGGCCCAAGUUCAUCAAGGAGAGACGCUCUUUUGACAUGGCCAGAACUGUCGAGACUGGCAUUAACUAA